AUGCGUUACUCGUGGUUGAUCGGCGCUGUCUGCGCUGCAGGUGCUUUGGCCAAGCCUCUCGACAAGCGGUCUUACGUGACCGAUUGGACUAUCGUCACUGUCACCGAGACCAUCACUCUCCCCUACCAGCCUGCCCCAACCUCGACCUACUCUCCCAUCCAGGCGGUCCAGCUCACUCAGACCGUCGCUAGCGUCGAUCCUGCUCCUGCUCCUGUGGAGACUGAGGCUACAUCCGCCGCCCCUGUCCCUACCACUUCUACCACUGUCAGUGCCGCGCCUGCGUCUACCACUACGGCGGUUGGUAUUGUGGAGGAAUUGCCUGCGGCUUCCUCCUGGUCAACUGCCUGGACCUCUGCCUGGACCUCUGCUUGGACAUCGGCUUGGACCUCAUCGGCGGCUGAGACUGCGCAACCCACCACCCUUGCUACUUCCACCUCUACCACUGCCGCCGCUGCUAGUGCCACCAAUGCUUAUCAGUCCGCCGUCCUGUACAACCACAACAUCCACCGUAGCAACCACUCGGUCAGCUCCAUGACCUGGAACACCACCCUCGAGUCCAGCGCCUAUACCCUUGCCUCGCAAUGUGUCUACCAGCACAACACUGACAUCGGCGGCGGUGGCUAUGGUCAGAACAUCGGAUACGGUGUUUCUGCGGACGAGAUCGGAGUCAUGAUCACCAACCUGAUGUACAACGACGAGUUCGGCUACUACGAUGGUCUCUACGGAGAGGCCAACCCUGACAUGACUUACUUCGACAAGUGGGGCCAUUUCUCUCAGAUCGUGUGGAAGGGCUCGGUCUCCGUCGGUUGUGCUACGGUCGUUUGCGAUUCCCUCGGCAACGUUGACUCGAGUCAGCCAUCGCCCUUCACUGUCUGCAACUACUACCCUCCUGGCAACUAUGCGGGUGAAUACGGCGACAACGUCCUUGCUCCGCUUGGACACGCCUACUACUCGGCGUAG